AUUGGGUGGAGGGAGUGGUGGCUGCGGACGGAGUCACAGGAUUGGUAGAGUUCAGCGCCAACUUGUUGACUCAUAACUGAGCUGCUCCUCUCUAUCCUUCACGGCGCGGAGCUGUCCAGGGCCAGUGGUGCUGAAACUGCCAGCUUCCAACGCGCCGUUGGAGUAAUUUUUUUUCCCCCCCAGUUUGAUUGCCGAGCCGAGCCUUUGAAAGUUACAUGCGCUUUGGUUUAAGCGUCACUUAACGGAUAUUUAUCCACCGUCACUGCUCUAUCCAAGAGCGCAUCAAAGCCUUCGACUUCUCAGCCGAUCAAUUAGAGGACUCUCCGAGGCGCAGCCAUGGCUUUCAUGGUAAAACACAUGGUAGGAGGACAGCUGAAGAACCUGACAGGCGGACUGACGGAGGAGAAACCCGAAGCAGAGAAAUCGGACGCCGCCGCGCAGGGGAUGACUCAAGAGGAAUUUGAACAAUAUCAGCAACAGUUAGAGGAGGAAAAACAAGAACGAGAAGCCAAUUUUGCCCAGAAGAAAGCUGAGAGAGCCACCAUUAGAAGUCAUUUCCGGGACAAGUACAGACUACCAAAGAACGAAUUAGAUGAGACCCAGAUUCAGCAGGCGGGGGACGAUGUGGUGUUGCCCACAGAGCUGGCCAAGAUGAUCGCUGAGGACAACCAGGAGGAAGCGCACAAGCAGUCGGUGUUGGGCCAGCUGUCCAACAUCCAGAACGUGGACAUCGACCAGCUGAAAGACAAAGCCCAGGCCACACUGGACGACCUCAAAAAGCAGACAGAGAAUUGCAGUCUCAUGUGAUCUGGCCAACUCUAAGUCCCAGAAGAUUAGAGUUUUACUUGUACAAAUAUUUUUCAAAGGCAGAGCUGCUCUGGAGGUAAACAUAUUCUUAUUGCUUUAGUGGAAUGCCAGUUGGCAGUGCCACAUAAUAACAGUUUUUCUAGCUGCGCAAAGUUAGACAAAAGGCCCUGCAGGAAAGAAAGUAAAAGAUGAGGAAGCUGAAAUCUGAGGCUCGUCUUACUUACUGGAAAGAAAGAAUUCUUGCCAUAGCGUCAUCGAGGUGAGCUAGUUUAGUUAGCUUUCCUGUCACCUUCGAAUAUCCUAAGAGUCAUGAAUGUCAUCCAUAUUUUUUAUUGGAAUUAGCUAACUUGCACUCUGAAAGACUUAUUUGGCUCUUCCCAUUGAGAUUUAACCAAUGAGAUUAUUUCCACCUUUAGAGCAACUCCUCCUCGGAGAAAUAUUCAUCUAUUAAAUCCUUUGCUUCCUUCAUUCCCUAACCUCCUUCACUCUCUGUACCUCACAUGACCAGUGAUAACACAAUAGGAUUCUGCAGCAGAGCUUUCAGGGGUGUGUGUGUGUGUGUGUGUGUGUGUGUGUGUGUGUGUGUGUGUGUGUGUGCACAUGUGCAGGUUUUCAUUGCUUGCCAACAGACAGCAGAUGAUUUCACUGAUGAACACAUUAAACCUUCAAUGAAAUGAGAGAGGAUCACUGAGAUCAGCUGCUUGGUGGGAAUGAAAAGUUUAAACACACAUGCACACGGCUGACACCGGCUCAUGUGAGGAGGCCAUGUGUGUGUUAUGUUAAAUUUGGGAAAUAUGGAGGAUAAAAUGAAAUAAUGGAGCCAUUCGUGGGGGUGUUUUUAUUCCACGUACAAAAAGCACAAAAUCUUAGAAAUGAGCAAUAUUUAUUUAGAGCAACAAAUGAGGCUUUUUUUGUCCUAAGUAGCUUACUAAUGUUGGCCCCUUGGUGCCCUGAUUAAAGCUUCCAGUGAGCUGCACUCAUUUUAGUUUUAAUCUUUUCCUAGACAUAUCAUUAUAUAGGCUUUUCUUUAUUAUUUUUUUAAAGCUUUUUUUCAUACUUCAGCGUGCCUUGGACGUCCGUACAAGGUUGUCUUCUCUAGAGCUCCAACAUCUGUAAGCUACUUUUACAAAGAUGGGCCUUCUUGUUUGGUACUCCAGGAGAUGUCUUAGUUUUAUUAAAAGCAACAAAUUAUUUGUGAGCAGGCAGAAAUCAUUUCUUAGAUUUGCUGCAACUUGUAGGUUGUAAGAAUUUACAGUUAAAGUGUGUACAAUAAUCAUGCUCCCAAAUUUUAGCAUCAACUACAUAUACUGUAUAGGGAGCAAAUCUGUGUUUGUGCUGCAUCCAGAGGUUGUUGAAAACACUUUGACCAACAUAAAAGGAAAUGGCCCAAAUGCGUCAAACUGUGUAACUGGUGUAAGUAUAAAUCCACAUACAAAUAUUUAUGUUGUAAUGUAAAGAUGUAAUGUAUCUGCUGUUUGCCUAUACUGUCAACAGCGGGUCGUUUUUGGCUCCGUUUUCAUCAACUCCCUGUAGUGUUGUCACAUCACGUUUGACCUGUCCUCCAUCUCAUUGACCGUUGCGUCUCAGUGGUGCCGUUUUGUGCUGGUGGAUUGGUGUUGUUUAGCCGAUGUGAUACGUCAAGUGGUGUCUUCGUAAAAAAAAAAAAUAAUAACGUGUCCUGUGGCUGAGAGUGCUGGUCGUACGGUUACACAAGACACAGUCACUGUGGGCUUCACGGCGUAACUCAGUAUUCUGUCUAUGUUGUUUUUCUAGCCAAACGUUAAGUGAAGGCGUCAGCGAAUAAAGAGGGGAUGUCGUUGAUGUUGUGUUACAUCCAUAUACGCUACAUUUUGACAGUGUGUGCUUAUAUGGAGCAGUGGUUCUGUGGGGGAUGUCAGCAUUGAUCUCAUAUCUGUCCCUGCUUUUCUUUGGGUACUUUAUGAUUAUAAAAGUUUUGCAUCUUAAGAAUACACAUUUUAUUUAAAAAAAAAAUAGAAAUAUGGGCAAAGAGUUUGACUGUUUUCUCUAAGAGGAGUUGUAAUUUUCUUGCUGCAGGUGCCACACUACUGCUGAAUGAAAGCCUAGGCAACACUUAAACAUUUCAGUAUGGUAGUUGUUGUCAUAUGAUAGAUGAACAAUACAUUCAUAACAUUUCAAUAAUAUAACGCAGAGGAAAAGUUGCAAUAAGUCCUUUUAUAA